AUGGUUUCAACAGGCGUCCCACUGGAUACCGCUACUAUAAUUUCAACAACGCUGGAAGGCAUCUUGUAUGGAUUUUCAGUCCUCAUGUUUAUUGGUACCAUGUGGGCAUCGACCUACAAACCUGACGUCAAUCGCUCCAUAGCUUCGGUGGCAAUCCUAUUGUUGAUGCUAAGUACUGCACACGUAGUCGUAGACAUAAUUCGUCUCGAAGAUGGACUUGUCAAGUAUCGCGAUACUUUCCCUGGCGGACCAGCGGCGUUCUUCCAAGACAUUAGCCAGCCAACGUUUGUGGCCAAGAAUCUGAUAUACGCCUUGCAAACUAUGAUUGGCGAUGGGGUGGUGAUUUAUCGCUGUUAUGUUGUUUGGCAGUCCGUCUGGGUUAUCAUCAUACCAGUCAUACUGUGGUGCGGCUCCUCAGCGGCUGCUUUAAUUGCGCCCUACUACGCUUCGCAGGCGACUGGCGGAACUAUUUACACUAAUCAAACUGGACGAUGGAUCACGGUGUUGUUUGCCUUGACACUUUCAACCAAUAUGAUAAGUUCAGGAUUACUCGCGUAUCGCAUCUGGACGAUCGAACGCAAUGUGUCUUUAAUUCGCGCUACGAACGGUACCAUGAUGCCUAUCGUGCGCGUGCUCGUGGAUGCCGCCAUCAUGUACUCUGCGGCGCUCUUCACCAUACUUAUGUGUUUCGUCUGCGCGAACAAUGCCGAGUAUAUCAUGUUAGACAUGAUCAUGCCGAUUAUCUCGAUUACCUUCUACAUGGUGUUUAUUCGCAUCACGCUCAGGAAAACCACUCCUAAUUACCUCCCGAUGAUCUAUGGCGCGGGAAUCGAUGGGAGAAGGGACUCGCAACAAUAUCCUAUGAAGCCUUUGCAGGUCCAUAUAUCCCGGUGGACACAGAAUGACAUGGAUUAG